CUUCUUAACGAUUUUUUGAAAAUCUUAAAAAUUUGUGUAAUACUUCAAAAGUUUUUGUAUGCAUAUUUGUACACUGAUUUUAAAUCAGAAAAUUGAUAUAUCUGUUUAUCGAUAAUUCCUUAAAUUUUUCCAUAAAGUGAAUUAGUCACAGUUUAAGUUUGUAGCCCUCGUAUUUGUAAACCACGCCACAAUUUAGCGGCCGGAUAAACUUUAAAUUUGAUUUCACAAUAGUUUUGAAAAUGUUGGUGAAAAUAUUAAUUUUUUGCAUAUCAUAUGGAAUUAUCAUUUGUGAAACGAAUGGUGAACCAGAACCCUAUAUAGACAAUAUCCGAGAUGAUUACUGCAUGGAUUAUUGUGACAAGGAGUGUAAUCCCACCGAGAAUGAAGUCACAUGCACCAAGAUUGGAAACACCAUAAUCACCGACAAAUAUAAGAUCCAACUUUCAGAUAAAUCUAUAACAUUAACUUGGAAAUUAACACCAGUGAAUCUGACAUAUAUCAAGCCACUUAACCUAUCCCAUAACAAAUACAAAGCGUCGAUACUUCUAAUCUUAAGCAAGAGAGAAGUAAUAUAUCCUCGAUCCACUGACUAUAUGAGAGCUCUUAAUAUAAAUAAAGUUGAUCAUUAUGGUGAGAAGACUUCAACAACUUCAAUACAUGAAUAUGAUAUUGAUAUUAUCAACGGACCGUCCAAUGCGAUUAUAAUGGGACAAGAAGAGGGACGUCAUUUAGAAUUUCGCAAUACUUACAUAUCAUUGCAUAUGCCUAAUUUAAAGGGGAUGUUCUUUUUGGGCCCAGGAGCAUUUCGGUUUCAUGACAAUACAUUUGAAAAUAAUACACAGUUGGAAUCCAUUUCGUUUAGUGGAUUAACAUUAGAAAAUCUAAAUGCCAUUACCUUUGAAAACUUGACGAAGAUAAGAGAUAUGCAAUUUUGGGCUAUUACUUGGGAUAACCAGGAAUUUCUAAGUUCCAUGGCUCUACAAAAUAACCUGGAAUUUAUCAUGUUUUCUGUACAUGAUAAAAUUAGCUUGAAAUAUUUUGAAAACUAUCGAAAGCUAAAGAAAAUCUUAAUAGAUCCUGAAACCAUAUUGUACUAUUUCAAACACAUGAUCCGCACCAAUAUUACUGCCUAUCUCUGUGAAUAUAAGGCCGAAACACUUGAAACGCUAUAUUGUCAUUUUAACAUCGGAAUAAAUGGCAAACGUUGUCCCGAGAAAUGCGACUGUAAGGUGGACAAUGACGCACAGACUGUAACUAUUAAUUGCAGCGAACAGGGAUUAUUUGAUGUACCGGAAUUGCCUGUACCAAUAUCAGGCAAAACAAAUUUAUAUUUCCAGGGCAAUGCGUUAAGGAAAUUGCCCAACAAAUAUUUUGAAGGAUACGAUAAUAUACGUCGUCUUCAUGUGUCGUAUAACGAUCUAACAGACUUAACAAUCGAGCAACUGCCAAAAAAUCUCUCACUACUGGAUAUACAAAAUACAAAUAUAACUUCUGUCGAUCCGAAUCUGAUAGAAUAUCUAGAAAGCCGAAAUACCACUUUUUUACAGUCUGGUGUAAAUUGGAUAAUCAAUUGCAAGAAUGAGAAACUAUUAAAUUACCUGUCUAAUCUAAGUAAAACAGAUGGUAUAUGUAAUCAUGCAGAAUACUAUCAUUUAAAAGGGCCCUGUCCAAAGACAUGUAACUGCUGUAUUGAUGAUACCACAGAAUCUCAAUUUGUAAUCAAUUGCACAAGCAGGACUAUAAAUACAUUUCCCUAUCUACCAAAUAAUAUAAUUGGAAACUCAUCACUUUUGCUUGACAAUAACAAUGUCGAAACUCUUCCGAAGCUGCGAAACUCCACUCUGGCGAGACUUAGCCUGAAGAACAACAAUCUCUCUAGUCUUCACAUCGAUCAGCUGCCAUCGAAUAUCACAAUGCUGGACAUUCGACACAAUAAUUUGACGAACCUUGAUGAUCACGUAACCCAAUUUAUAUCUAAUCUACCAGAGUUGCAUUUAUCCGGUAAUCCUUGGCAAUGCAGUUGUAGGUACACCAUGUUCCUUAACUAUCUUAGAAAAGAGAAACCCGAAGAAUAUAAAACAGCAUUAAGACAUUGCAGUGGUCAAGAAUAUUGUCCUGAUCUGUGCACUUGCUGUAAAGACGAAGAGAGCCAAAAUUUAAUAAUCAAUUGUACUGAUAGGGGACUAAGUGAGAUACCAUCAAUACCCACAAGCGAUAAUGUCGUCCUGCUGUUCGAAAAAAAUGUCAUCACUCACCUGAAAGAUCCAAUCAAUGUCAAGGGCUUUGAUCAACUGAAAGAACUUCAUCUUAAAGGCAACUCCACACAAGAGUUUGACUCCGUUUUACCUAACAUAGAAUUACUAGAUAUAAGAGAUAAUGAUUUAACCAAAGUUACAGAAAAUAUUAGUCAAUCCUUAAUCAGCCUAUCCAAAAAAUCAAACCUAUCGUUAUUUUUAUCGGGUAACCCAUGGACUUGCGAUUGCAGUUUCAUACGAUUAACGAAGGCACUUGCUGGUAAUAUCAAGGACCUCCAUCUAACCAAAUGCAACGGUCACAAUUUGCUUGACCAGAUGGGAGAGAACUACCAACAUUCAGACUGCAAUGAAACAAACUUGGAUUAAUUUGUAAUAUAUACUAUAGAUAUUCCCGAAACUGUAUUUCAUACCAAGUCCCUAGUUAAAAAAAAAACAUGUUAUUGCUUCAAGGAAGCAAUUUUGUUGCACCUAAUGACUAAUGAAUAACUUGGACAAUAAUAUUUAAUAAUAAAAAUUUAAUACUUUAUUUUAUAAA